AUGCUCUGUUCUGACACACUAGCUGACACACUUUCUGACACACUAGCUGACACGUUAUCUGACACACUAUCUGACACACUAUCUGGGGUACUAUCAGACAUUACCGUGCAUCCCGCCAUUGCCGCCGGCUCCUCUUCUCUAUCCACUUCCCACUUGCUGCCCCCUCCCCUCCACUCCCCCUCCCGCCACCUAACCCCAUUCCCACUCCCCUCCCUUUACCCUAACCUAUCUUUCUCCAACCUCCCCUUCCCCUCCAUCCCCCCCCCAUCAACCACCCCCUCCCUCCCCUUCCCCUCCAUCCCCCCCCAUCAACCAUCCCCUCCCCCCCCUCCCCCACCCCCUUCCCCCCUCAACCCUCCCUCCCUGUCCCCCCAUCCUUCCACCCGGCUCCAUUCCCCCCCCGGGAUGCCCCCUUCCCCGCGCGCACUUCUCCCCGUCCCCAGACAUGGCUCCGCGGGCGGAGGCGCGGGGCGGCAGGAGGGGAACCUGUGGGGGCAGGCGCGGAGCGUGUUCAUGAGCGCAAUACUGGCGGAGCCUCCCCCUGAAAUCCGGAGAGAAGCGCCAUACUGGCAGAGCCCAACGCGGGGAGGGAGGGGAGGGGUGUCAGCUCGGAGCGUAUUCAUGAAUGCCAUACUAGCGGAGCCUCCCCCAGAGAUCCGCAGAGAAGUUGGGGAAGUGGGGAGUGGAACGGGAAGGGGAGGAGGGGUUUGCUUCAACAAUCCUCCCUCUCCCCCUUCUGCCCUCUCUUCCCCCAACGUAACUCCCCCAGUUGUUACUCGUCCCACAAUCAGCACUGGCACAGUCAGCGGCGCAGACGCGCUCACGAUGCUGCUGGCAGGGAAUGACAUCGGUAUCGUGCGCCGCCGAGACACCGCCCCUGCUGCUGCUGCUGCUGCUGGUGCUGCUGCUGGUGCUGCUGCUGCUGCUGGUGCUGCUGCUGCUGCUGGUGCUGCUGCUGGUGCUGGUGCUGGUGCUGGUGGUGCUGCUGCUGCUGCUGCUGCUGCUGCUGCUGCUGCUGCUGCUGCUGCUGCUGCUGCUGCUGCUGCUGCUGCUGCUGCUUCUGCUGCUGCUGCUGCUGCUGCUGCUGCUGCUGCUGCUGCUGCUGCUGCUGCUGCUGCUGCUGCUGCUGCUGCUGCUGCUGCUGUUGCUGCUUCUGCUGCUGCUGCUUCUGCUGCUGCAGCUUCUGGUGUUACUCGUCCCACGAUCAACACCGGCACAGUCAGCGGCACAGACGCGCUCACAACGCUGCUGGCAGGCAAUGACAUCCUUACUCGUCCCACGAUCAACACCGGCACGGUCAGCGGCACAGACGCCCUCACAACGCUGCUGGCAGGGAAUGACAUCGUUACUCGUCCCACGAUCAACACGGGCACAGUCAGCGGCACAGACGCGCUCACAACGCUGCUGGCAGGGAAUGACAUCCGUAUAGUGCGCCGCCGAGACACCACCCCUGCUGCUGCUGGUGGUGGUGGUGGUGGUGGUGGUGGUGGUGGUGGUGGUGCUAGUGGUGGUGGUGGUGGUGCAAGUGGUGCAUCAGGCAGUGGAAUUGAGCGACAGAACGAGCUGGUGGCGGCCCAGCAGCAGCAGAAGAAGAAAGGCGGAGGCACACCCACUGCUGCCGCCGCUGCAGCCAGCAGCAGGGCCGUGUGGGCGCCAACCAACGACCCAGCAGCCAUGCUGCAAGCGAAACUCGAUGUCGAAAUGCCUCAGUUCAAGUCCCGCCCCCCUGCUGCUGCCUCUGCCGCCGCCGCUGCCGCUGCCAAGGGGGAACUCUGGCGCAAAAAAAGCUCCGCCCUGGGGGAAUCAGGGGAAACUCUGCAGGAAAAAAGGGCGGUUUUGCAAGUGUCCCAGUCUACGCGGGUGUACGGCGGUCCGGUGAUGGAAGGGAGGAAUGUGGGCAGGGUGAAGAGUGGAGGAGAGGCAGGGAUUGGAUUGCUGCUGGCGCUGCUGACCCACUCUGUGAGCCCAUCUUCCACUGUUGCUUGUUUUGAGUCGACUUUUGUGUCGACUCAGAACACGACUGCUGCUGGCGCUGCUGAACCACUCUGUGAGCCCAUCUUCCACUGUUGCUUGUUUUGA